AUGAAUUCGUCAUCCUCAAAUCAGUCCGAGUUCGAUUACUUGUUCAAGCUGUUGCUGAUCGGAGACUCGGGAGUGGGGAAGAGUAGUUUACUAUUGAGUUUCACGUCCAACACCUUUGAAGAUCUAUCCCCUACAAUUGGUAUGUAGGAAGAAUUUGGUUACAAUUGGACCUGCGUUUUUUGCGCUUCUGCGUAUCUCUUUCGUAUAAUCCGCACCUCUCGCAAUCACACGAUGCUACCCAACCAUGUUCGUCGGCCUCAUUCUUGAAAAGCAUUUAUCUUUGUUUUUCUCGCUAGUAAUGCAUGUUUGAAUUUGAGGUAUCUUCAUUCCAAUAGUCGUAGGUCUCUACGAAAAAAAGAAUCGUCAGUCUCUUUUUGUCAUCUUACAGGUGUGGACUUCAAAGUGAAGAUAGUAACAGUUGGUGGGAAGAAAUUAAAGCUUGCAAUCUGGGAUACAGGUGAUUAUUAUCCAUGUCAACGUCUCUGUUGAAAUUAGCAACUGUGUACUGUAGAUUUCUUUAGAAAUUUACCUCUUUGAAAUGUUUCCUCCCUUUCUUGUUCUUAAUUUUUUUUUCAAAUGAUUGGGAUCGUACUGAUUUUUAUGUUAUUUUCUUGCACCCACAUCGAGACUUACUCGUUCAGCGACGACUUAGAUGUUAGUGAUUCUCAUUUUAGUAAAAUAUAAUCGGAUAUUCAAUUGUGUAGAUUGCUUCCUGCAAAGGAAAGGCAAUCAACAUUUCUCCUCUGUUGAUCUCUAUGAGGUUAACAUUAUAUACUCAUUGCUAGAGGUGGAAGAUGGAUACCAGCAGAGGUUUAACACAAAAGUUAUGCUGUCUUGCAGCUGGACAGGAAAGAUUCAGAACAUUAACAAGCUCGUACUACAGAGGGGCUCAAGGAGUUAUAAUGGGUAUUUGCUUUUCUUAUUUUCAAUUCGUUCUGUCAUCGUUUACUCUCCUGCUAGAUGCUUACAUCUGUUUAUUUAUUUAUUUUUCAAUGUCUUUUACUAAAGCUGGCAACACAAAGUUAUCAUGGAAGAAGUUUGUGAUGCAUUGGGUAUUGCUGAUUUUGUUGACCGUACACUGCACUUUUGCAUUUUGCAUUUACAUUUACGUUUUUCCCUGCCUCUUAACUCAUUCUGUAUCUAGAUCUUUGCAACACAUGCCACGAAGUUGUGCAUUUUACAUCCCCAUAAGAGGAAAUAUUCAUCCAUCGAUAACUUAUGCCUAUCUUUGCAUUUUUCCGUGACAAAAUUUAGACAUUAUCUUUUGUCUAAUGUAACGUGGCUGAUUGCUAAGACAGACUUUUUACGCAGUGAUGUGAAACCCUCCUUCACAAUGAAACACUGAAUUCCCAAAUGGGAACACUGUGUGGGGACCAUCACCGAUAAACUUUAGAUGGGGCUCCCAUAUCAUCGAAUUCACACAUACCUGUGCUUACUAUCCAAACUUAUUUAAACUAGGGUUGCCUACGCUUGCUGCUCGCUUGCUGUCUACUAAACAAUCCUGAAAUAAUAUCGUGAGACCCCCACUAAGCAUAAGCAUUUCUUCUGCAAUAAGAAACUCUGGCAGGGGCUAAAAACUUGACGCAGCCUGAGAGAUGAGUGGAAAUUUCGCAUGCCUUUGAUGGCAGGAAAAGAAAGCAAACCCGAGAACGCAGAUAGACAACAAGUUGUAAGCUUUAUAGAAUAUUGGAAUUAUGCCAUGCUGUACUAUCCAUUUAGUAUGUCCCAAGAGGUUCUUAACUUGUGCCUUGCAUUGUUUUUGCCCACAAUGACGUGUCAUGUGGGUAGAUUCAAACAGCGGGCAUGGGAAUGGCAAUAUUUUGAUCCUAGAUGUACUGCCCUUAUUUGGAUUAUCUGCUCUAACGGGUUUGUCAUUGACAUCCAUAAAAGGAAUAGGCGCACGAAUGAUGACAGUCAAAUAAAUUACACGACUUUUUCUAUUUAAGGAGUGCAGACGAUAAACACCACCCAAGGGCUCUCGGUCCUAUUCCAUCCCAAAUAGGUUACACAUUGAGGUGACUGACAAGGGAUUUCUGAAGGGAUGACGAUUAAUAUUAACAUGAACCAUUAUUCAUUUUUUCCUCUCUGAUCGGAAAAAGUUGUCAAUUUUCGUGAUUUGUCUUUCUUUGUGUUGGCAGAUGCUUAAACAUUGAUCCGGGGAUCCUCUUAGUGCUGAAUAUCCAUCCUGACUCGUUCUGCAUAAUACAGUUCAGAUGGAACUAGAUUCUGAUCCUCGGAAUCAGCAAGAGUCCUGUACUCUUAUUUUGAUUGAAUACUUAGUCCCCUGGGUCAUGUGGUUGUAAAAGAAUUUUUUUGAGACACCGAUUAUUGCAUCCUUUACUCUCUCGAGGAGGCAUAGCAUUUGGAAUCGGCAACCCCCACUUGGCUGGUUUUGGAGAGAUUAGUUGGUUUUAUAGCUGAUCUCCCCCAGUCUUAAUAUGAGAUUAGCGGCCCUUAAGAAAAAAUAUCAAGCAUCAUUUGAGAUAAAAAGAAAUAGACAUUGUUGAUCCACAAGAAACAUGCAUGUUGUCAUCUGUUGAGACAUCCAUAUUUUUGUUGAACUGCAUUGCUCCUGGUGGAAUUAGUCAUCUUUGCCUGGAUCAUUCAUAUUAUGAACUGAUUUUUCAUCUCAAAAAGGGAGAGAAAUGGGAAAAGGAUUUUUAUAAUGAUGUCCGAAGAAUCCCUGUGUAAAAUUGCUUCACAAGAAAUGGCGUAACUGUUGUCUGAGUAAAUAAGCUGAUAUUGAACUCGUAUUGUAAUUUUUUUUUAUGAGCCUUCAAUUUGGUUUUGCAUUUGGCAAUGUAGCCUGGGAUGUGUGGACUGAUAUUGUCGUUUUUCUUUUUCGUUUAGCAGUUCAGUCAUUCUAAUGCUCUCUCGGUGAAUGGUCUUUUUCGUAUGACUUUUUUUCUGGGUGAGUGUUAGUGCGGAUUACGAUUGUGAUUCUGUCGGUGUCUAAUCUUGGUGUUACAUUUUCCAGUUUACGAUGUUACGCGACGAGAUACAUUCACAAACCUUUCUGAUAUAUGGGCAAAGGAGAUAGACCUGUAUUCUACAAAUCAAGAUUGCAUCAAAAUGCUUGUUGGGAACAAAGUGGACAAGGUGUGCCUAGUUGUACUUCUGUUAUUCUUUACUUUUAGGCAUUUAAUUGAACAUCAAUUUGGUUGUCAGAAUGUUGCAUAUUAUUAUGGAAAUGGGAGAAGUUACGUACAAAGUUGCCAACAUCUGCAGAUGCUAUUUUUCUUCAUAGAGAAAAAGUUGGGUUAUAUUUCUCUCAUUGGAGAAUGAUUCUAAUGGUGUGGCAAACGUCUGUUUUGACAUUUUAUCAGGAGAGUGAAAGAGUUGUCACAAAGAAAGAAGGAAUUGAGUUUGCCAGGAAAUAUGGAUGUCUUUUCCUAGAAUGUAGUGCAAAAACUCGCGUUAACGUGGAGCAGUGUUUUGAAGAACUAGUUUUGAAGGUAUUACUUGUAGUAAUACUUUUUUUUAAUUGCUCUAUCAUUGUUAGUUGAUAUUCUUGUUAAAUAUGCAUUUUCUUGCACCAAUCUUCAAGAUGACUUCCUUAUAACAAUCUUACUUUUCAUAAUUUGGCACUAGUGCUUGCAUCGAUUACUGUUCAUUUGAUUAGUUGUUUAGGCUGAUGGAAGAGCUUUCUUUCACUGUCUUCCUAUAAGUCAUGAUGACAUGUCUCCUUUUAUUUCAUCUUGGUUGAUCCUUGUCCAUCAACACCUAUUCUGCCAAUGUCUUUAAUUUUUAUCACCUCCUGAUAUGAGAUUUUAAGUGGGGUCCUUUUAUUGUAAUAAACAAGAAAUCAAUCCCGCGUGUACUUUUUCUGUUUCCUUUGUUCACUUCAAUAUCCCAUCCACCAUUCAUUUUUCCCGGUUCCGCUCAUAAAAAUUUGCUUGCCAAGUGACAUGGUUGUGAGAAUAAUAUGUUCAGAGGCUGUUGCCUACUAUUGUCGACUAAGUGAUGGAGUGGUCUGAGGAGGGGAAAAAUGCAGCAGCGACAUGAGUAGAAUGCAUAUUUGAGUUCUUUGACCUUCGGUGGUAGAAUCGGUUUUGCAAUAAUAAAAUAGAAAACUGAAAGCUCCAUAUUAAAGUCUAGUCGUUCGAUUAAUGAGUGUGGAAGGCUAGUCGCGCCUUGAAAUUACUAUUAAUCUUAUCGAUUGGGAUAACCUCAGUUCUAUUUGGCGAAAUGAAGCCAAAAACCUAUGCUUUAUGUACUCUAAGACUGCGGUGUGGAUUAAUCCUCCGUGGGAGUUUACAUGAGCCGAAGUGCUAAACUCAACUGCGGCAAAGAGAUGAUGAGCCGUGGUAGAAUAAAUGUUGGAGACCAAAAUUUCACACUGGUCCACUGUGUGCCAGCCCACUUUCACUGGAUGCUGGUCGAUAUCCGUUCUUCCUCUGAUAGAGCUUUAGUUCGUUGUGGCCAUGUGCCUUCUUGGCACUGAAAUCAUUUUCUGGCAUUCAGCUAGAGCAUCCUUUCGAGAAGCCAGGUGAGGGCCAGAGCCUAUGAAGCGUCUCCAUUAUAUUCCGAAUUCCCACACUGCUGUUCGCAGAUCUGCCUAGUUCUCUUGAUCUCCUACAUCGGUUGAAAUCGAUAGGUGAUGAUUCAGUCCCCUAACUCAAGUUUCUGCGUCUUUUGUCAUCCUGUCGUCCAAACUAUCUAUUGUCCUCACUCACUGGGGCACGGCACCGAAUCAUGGUACCCACCAUGUACUCGGAAAAAAAAUACAUCGCUUAUCUGUUCUGUGAGAAAUCGGAAUUUUUUGUUCCAAUGAAGCAUUCCUCUGAACCAUCUGUUGUUUCACCGGCGAAUGACACGGGCUUUCAUGUGAUGCAGAUAUUAGACACCCCGAGUCUCCUGGCUGAGGGCUCCGCGGGUACGAAGAAGAACAUCUUCAAUCAGAAGCCGCCGCAGGCCGACGCUUCCGCGGGUUCUUGCUGCUGA